GGCGAAACCACUUGUUUGCUUGCCAAUCAAAAGUUCUAGAUGGCUUAACGAUCGGGCCAUGUGACUGGCCCCGAGCGCUGAACGGCCAUUUUCACGUCGUAGCUCGCCGAAGCAGGCGCCUUCGAGGUCUGCAUUGGGCUAGUUCGAGAUGUUCUCGCCGUAAGAUGGGGCCACGCGGGGAUCGAGUCGAGCGAGAGUGAAGGAAUACAUAAACACGGCUUCCACCCUGCUCUGUACAUGCUCGUAUCUCACAAACAGUUCCUUCCCUCACAAGCAACCGCCAAAAUGCCUGGUGCCAUGCUUGCUACCACUGCUGAUGUCAAUCAGAUUGAGGCUCCAGUCACCUGGAAGGCCUACCUGAUUUGCGCCUUUGCUUCCUUCGGAGGUAUCUUCUUCGGUUACGAUUCCGGUUACAUCAACGGUGUUACUGGUUCCCCCGUCUUCAUCGAGCUCAUCGAGGGCGCUGGAAAAACUUCUCUCUCUGGUUCUCACAACUCUCUCAUCACUUCUAUCCUCUCUGCCGGUACCUUCUUCGGAGCCAUCAUCGCUGGUGAUGUCGCUGAUACCAUCGGUCGUCGUUGGACUGUCAUCAUUGGUUGCGCCAUCUACAUCGUUGGUGUCAUUCUUCAGGUUGCCUCGCACGGUCUCGGUUUGAUUGUCGCUGGUCGUCUCGUUGCCGGUCUCGGUGUCGGUUUCGAGUCCGCCAUUGUCAUUCUGUACAUGUCUGAGAUCUGCCCUCGCAAGGUCAGAGGUGCUCUCGUCUCUGGUUACCAGUUCUGCAUCACCAUCGGUCUCCUGUUGGCUGCUUGCAUCAAUUACGGUACUAAGGACAUCAACAACACUGGCUCCUACCGUAUCCCCAUCGCUAUCCAGUUCAUCUUCGGCCUCGUCCUUGCUGGCGGUCUCUUCUUCCUUCCCGACUCUCCUCGUUACUUCGUCAAGCGCGGUAAUGUCGAGGCUGCCCGCAACGCCUUGGCCAGACUUCGUGGCCAGCCCGGUGACUCUGACUACAUUGAGGCUGAGCUUUCCGAGAUCGUCGCCAACGAAGAGUACGAGCGCUCCAUGAUCCCCACCUCCGGUUGGGUUUCUGGCUGGGCCAACUGCUUCAAGGGCUCGCUCUGGACCCAGAACAGCAACUUGCGCAAGACCAUCCUCGGUACCUCUCUUCAGAUGAUGCAGCAGUGGACCGGUGUCAACUUCAUCUUCUACUACUCCACUCCUUUCCUCCAGUCUACAGGUGCCAUUGGCAACCCCUUCUUGAUCUCCUUGAUCUUCACCCUCGUCAACGUCUGCUCUACACCCAUCGCCUUCUACACUGUUGAGAAGUUCGGUCGUCGUCCUCUCCUCAUCUGGGGCGCCUUCGGCAUGUUGAUCUGCCAGCUUAUCGUUGCCGUUGUUGGUGUUACCGCUGGUUUCAACCACACUCACCAGAUCCCCAACCCCGCUGGUGGUGACCCUCUUACCCGCGCCAACAACAUUGGUGCUGUCAACGCCCAGAUUGCCUUCAUUGCCAUCUUCAUCUUCUUCUUCGCUUCCACCUGGGGUCCUGGUGCCUGGGUUCUGAUCGGUGAGGUCUUCCCUCUUCCCAUCAGAUCUCGUGGUGUCGCUCUCUCCACCGCCUCCAACUGGCUCUGGAACACCAUCAUCGCUGUCAUCACUCCUUACAUGGUCAACGAGGACAAGGGUAACCUCAAGUCUUCUGUUUUCUUCAUCUGGAUGGGUCUCUGCACUUGCGCAUUUGUGUACUCCUGGUUCCUAGUGCCCGAGACCAAGGGACUUUCUCUCGAGCAGGUUGACCGCAUGAUGGAGGAGACCACUCCCCGUACUUCGGCCAAGUGGAAGCCCCAUGAGACCUUUGCCACCUCCGUCGGUCACGCCAACGGUGGUAAGCUUGACAUGGAGGUUGUCGAGGAUGUCGAGAGAAAGGGUAGUGUCUUCUAAGCGACACGUCCCUCCACCUCAGUCCAUAUAUCGGAAAAUGGCGACGGCCGAAGACUUGGCAGCCAAAGCUUCAUUGUACUUUUUCGUAAUACCCAUCACCAAAAAUUAGUAUACCACUAAUUCACUUUCUACUUUACCAUCAAC